UUGGCUAUCCACACAUCCUAUCCAACCGCGCGCCAUCGCGCCACUUCCAUUCGCGUCUUCGCGUUUCCGCGCCCGAGCGCUCGCGCGCAUCGAACGAUGGAAGCCAUGUCGUGCGUCACGCGCGCCCGCAUCGCGUGCGUCGCACCCACGGCGUCGAAACCGCGCGCAUCGUGCGCCGCCGCCCGACGAUCGAUGACGACACCCAUCGCGCAGCCGCGAUCGUCCACGAAACGCACCGCCGUGACGUCGAACGCGACGAACGAAGCGACGGAGAGCGAGAUAAAAAAGCUCACCACGGAUUGGCAGAUCGAUUUCUGCUCUCGACCGCUUCGUGACGAUCGAGGGAAGAAGGUUUGGGAACUCUUGGUGACGGACGACGCGAGAACCUUUGAGCACGCGGAGUACUUUCCGAAUAAUCGAAUCAAUAGCGUUGAACUGGCGCGAGCGCUCGAACGAGUGAUGGCGGAAAAGAAGGAAAAACCGAGACGAUUCAAGUUCUUUCGGGCGCAGAUGCAGACGAUCAUCUCUAGGGCGUGCAAUGAGGUUGACGUCCAACCGUUGGCGAGCCGUCGAUGCCAGACGAUGACCAAGUGGCUGAACGAACGAGUGGAGAAUGUGUACAAGAAACAUCCCGGGUACGAUGCCAGUGCGCCUCCGUUGAUGGCGUUCGAAGCAACGGCACCGAAGCGAUUGCCCGAUGCGUUGAGAGGGGAGUCGUGGGCGUUCGUCGCGUUGCCUUUGGUCGGGGUGCGGGAAGAGAUGGAACAAGUCAAGCGAGGACGCGUCUUUGGCGCGACGUUGGAAAUUGAUGAAAACUUACCGGACGAUACGUUAAUUCCCGGAAUCGCGGUGUACACGUCUCGUGCUGCCGCGCUCGCGGGAUGGACAAAGGGUUUAGAGCUCGCGUGCAUCUCUUCCGACACGCAAACGAGCUCAAUCGUGUUGGAAACUGGGGUGAAUGAUUCGUGGUCGUACGCGUUUUUCCGCAAGUCGCCCGAGUUGACCAAAGAGGCCAAGGAGUGGGAGGAAGUAAAGCGCGCGUGCAAUGGGUUACAUUUCCUCGCCAUUCAAACCGACGAGGAAGCGGAGGCGACGGAUGGGUUUUGGAUAUUGCAAGACUCUGACCCCGCGAAAUUUUAG